CGAAAUGUCACGCUGAUUCAAUACUUAUAAAUUAUUUCAGAGCUGAUUAAAUAUUAAUUGUAUAUAAGCGCAGUACCUAAUUAUAAUUAUUAAUUGUGACCUGUGGCAUUAAUUUGGUAUUUGAUUCGAAAACGAUGGCAAAUCCAGAAGAUCCAAAAUCAGCUAAGUCGAUAUAUGAGUUUACAGCAAAAAGUAUUGAAGGAGAAGAUGUAUCUCUCGAGAAAUACCGCGGAAAAGUUUGCAUAAUUGUAAAUGUUGCUUCACAAUGUGGAUAUACAACUAACCAUUACAAAGAGUUAUCUGAACUCAUGGAUAAAUAUCAAGAUCAUGGUCUCAGCAUUUUAGCUUUCCCUUGUAAUCAGUUCGGAGGUCAAGAGCCUGGCAAUAAUGAAGAAAUUGUUUGUUUUGCCAAACAAAAAAAUGCUAAAUUUGACAUGUUUGAAAAAGUAAAUGUCAAUGGUAGCGAUGCUCAUCCAUUGUGGAUUUAUUUGAAAAAUAAACAAGGAGGCACUCUGGGUAAUUUCAUUAAAUGGAAUUUUACUAAAUUCAUUAUUGAUAAAGAGGGUCAGCCCGUUGAAAGAACAGGUCCUAGUACAAGCCCACUUGCUUUGUCUAAAACAUUGGAAAAAUUGUUCUAAUUACAUAUAUGGCAAGUCUCCGAGGUAAAUUCCAAAUAUUGUUGAUAUAUAAAUGUGAAAACAUUGUCGUCAUAAUGGUCUAAGUAUAAGUGGUUAGUGGGUUAUAUAAAUGAUGUAUGCUCUUUUUAACAUUACUAUGUAAGAAAAUCAUUGUUACGACAUAAAAAAGUGAGAUUAUGUUUAGAAUCUUAUUAGAAUCAUUUUGAGCAUUAUUUAAUAAAACAAUAUGUUUCUUCUUAAAUUUACUAAGAGUAGAAAUUUUCAUAUCGGAGCUUAUAUAUUAUCUAAUUUUGGUGUCAAAUUUUUAGUGGGUUUAUUUGCUGCUCAGAAUCAAUUUAUAAAUUUUUCAUCUCAAUGCAUAGUAAUAAAAGAGCAUACAUUUAAAAAAUUGCAAUGAAAAUCUUGCAUGUGAUUUAUGAAAUAACAUUAUUAAUUCAGUUUGCGAAUAGUACUAGAAUUAAUAAUUUUAUUAAAAUUACUUUUGAUACAAAUAUGUGAAUCAAUUUUUGAAAAUUGAAUAUAAAAU